CCUCGGCGCUUAUGGUAUCUUAGGCUUCCCGAGUUGGGUGCUGUUGCUGCGCGGUGGAUUCGUUGCGCCGCCGCCGGGAUCAUGGUGUUCUACUUCACCAGCAGCAGUGUUAACUCAUCUGCUUACACUAUUUACAUGGGCAAGGAUAAAUAUGAAAAUGAAGAUCUAAUAAAGUAUGGCUGGCCUGAAGAUAUUUGGUUUCAUGUGGACAAACUCUCUUCGGCUCAUGUAUACCUUCGAUUACAUAAGGGGGAGAAGAUAGAAGGCAUUCCAAAGGAAGUACUGAUGGACUGUGCCCAUCUUGUGAAGGCCAAUAGCAUUCAAGGCUGCAAGAUGAACAACGUUAAUGUGGUAUAUACACCGUGGUCUAACCUGAAGAAAACAGCUGACAUGGAUGUGGGACAGAUAGGCUUUCACAGGCAAAAGGAUGUGAAAAUUGUGACAGUGGAGAAGAAAGUGAAUGAGAUCCUGAACCGAUUAGAAAAGACCAAAAUGGAGCGGUUCCCAGACCUAGCAGCUGAGAAAGAAUGCAGAGACCGUGAAGAGAGGAAUGAGAAAAAAGCCCAAAUUCAGGAAAUGAAAAGGAGAGAAAAGGAAGAGAUGAAGAAGAAGAGGGAAAUGGAUGAACUUAGGAGCUAUUCAUCACUAAUGAAAGUUGAGAAUAUGUCUUCAAAUCAGGACGGCAAUGAUUCAGAUGAAUUCAUGUGAAUGGAGAAAAGGACCUUUUAAGGAUAUGAAUUUAGGGACAGUAGCAGAUGUUUUGGUUUCAUCUAUGUUCUGAGUUAUAAAAAACAACCAACCAAAAUUCUACAUUCAGUUCUACACAAUUACCAACUUUGGAGUUUUAAAGAAAAUUGUUCUUCUGUUUGCUGACAGAAAAGGAUCAGUUAUAUAUAAUAUAGUUGGACUUGAAGACAGCAUAUGACUUUAGGAAAGUGAAAAUAUUUUUGCCUGAACAUGUCUUUGUACCUCAUGAAAGUUGGCUGCCCUUGUUCUUGGGAUAGACUUUAGAACAAGCCACCUCUGAAAAGUAUUUCUGUUGCUGUGGUCUGUCCCUGAAAAUAGAUGCCUUGAAAAGCUUUUCAUAUUCUUAAAAUAGCCUCACUUCUGUUAAGAAGACUGUAUUGGUGAGCAAUAUAUGUGAAUGUUCCCCACACUCCCGAUUUCCUGAUUAGAAAAAAAUAUAUAUGGGUUUUGAAGAUAUAGUGAUAUUUUCAGAAGAUUGCUGGCUUCAGUAUUCACGUUCCAUUGUGUCAUCUGAGUCUGUUAGUGGAGUUGCCCUCAACUCACAGCUUUUCCUAGCGUCUACAUUCAUCCUUUCUCUGAGUGAGGGCCUCCACCUAGGUACCAUCAAGCUUGAAGAAAUAGUUGGUGUUAAUCAGGGUUGGGCCUUGUGGCAGUUUUUAACUGAGCACCAAGUAACCCAGGCCACAUAAAUUACAACUGCCAGGCUCUGGAGUCCUUUCUCAGCACUGAGGGGACAAAUAGGAAAGGAUGCUCUGUGAAUCAUUUUGAAGAUGUAGCUUACCCAAUUUUUGUCUUGGAAUACAGCAGAAAGCAAAAGUCCGUGUUGUAAGUAUGACUUUAGAGAGAAAGAAGCAUUUUACUAGCCAGCCAAGUAAUUUGUUUGUUUACUUUGAAAUAAUAUUUAUUUUGAAUUGUGAACCCAGAGUUCGGAUUUAUCAAUUGUAGACUCAGAAACUUAAUAUGUAACAGUACUGCUCAUUCAAACCACCUGCUCUCCAGUGUGAUUCUGAAUAGAAGAUAUAUUUUUAUUGCAGUGUGUAAGGCAAUCCCUGUAGAAAGAGACAAAACAAAACAAUGAAAGGGAAAGAGAACAAAGCCUGCAGGGCAGGAGGCAUACAGAUUCACAUUUUAACCACACCCAGAGCCGUACAUGCAGCAUUCUUAUUCUUAAAUCUAUUCUAACCCAGCAAAAAUUAUCUCCUCAAAGAUUCUAUCUAUAAUAGCACUUUGGGACUGUGGAUAAAACCAAGACUUCAGUGUUUCUAUUUAUCCCAAGUUGGUGCAUGGGGUUGAACUGGAAAAUUCCCUGAGGCAGAACUUGGCCAAGUUUUGAGACAGAGUAUGAGAGACGACUCCAGAAAUUAGUAAUUUUGUGUGUGUGUAUGUCUAAUGAUAUUCAGCCUGGAGUUUUGUGAUUUAAAAAUAGAAUAAUAAUCAUUUUUUAUUUGGAAGAACAUCGAUAUAUGAAUUCUUAGAAUUUGCUCGUUAUCCGCUUCCCCAAGUUCGUUUUGAGGGUGAUCUGGCUGUAGAAAACCUUGUGUAUCAUAGGCUCAAUCUGGCAGGUUCUACAGGGUUAUCAUCUUCCUCGCUCACAGAUAAAUGCGUCUCUCCCCGAGAUGCCCACUGGGUAAAAGUGAACGACCUUUUCCAGACACACCCUUGGUUGAGUCUAAGUCAAUAGCUGUGUAUCUUCAGUAAGGUGACCCUCCUGGCUGGUUACCAUAGGCACUUAACACUCUGCUGCAAACAUCUAAAAUUUGCCUCUGGCAUCACCUGCGUCACCUCUCUGCUCUCUGCUGCUUCUGAAGGACUCCUCUGUACCCCACAUUACAGCAUAUGUGUGGAUAGAGCUUUUGAAGAAUACAUCUGGUUUUGCUGUAGUGUGAGAGAUCCUGGGGUCCAAAUUUUAAACCUUUCAUAACUCAGCUUAGGCUGGUUUAAAAUGUCAAGACCCCUCUUCUGAAUUCUCUGAGCUGAAUUCCUAGCUCUUGAAUCUUUUCAGCUGCUCUGUGCUGAUUUCCACCUUACCUCUGCCUGUGUGUUGGGUAAUAUCUUCCCCCAGCUCCCGUGGUCCCAGAGAAAGCAAGGACCUUUUCUUUUGAGGACAUUGGUUCAGUGCCAACAGGUCAAACUCAUUGUCGUGAGUCAUGAAGUCAUCUCAUUUCUUGCUGUUGGCAUGUUUCCCAAACUUCCUGUAGGAGAAUUCCAAAUUGUUGAUAUUUUUAUGAGCUGUGCCCUUGAUCAAAUUCAUGCGUCCUGAGGAUUUCUCUUUCCAACUCUGCCUCCAGUUUUCCCCACUCUGUUUGAUCUGCAUGCAGGUGAGGUUCACAUUAUCAUUUAAUUUGCUUCACAAACUCUGUUAUAUUCCUGUAGCUUUAGAAUUUGUUUCUUAUCCACCUUUGUUAAUCUAGGGUCAUGAUUUCUGGGCAAGGGAGGUUUGUCACAGUGUUUGUGCUGGAACAGAUGUUGGGAAGUUUACCAAAGUAUGGAAGGUUUUGACAUUAGCAGAGUAGGCAGUAGGCUUUAGUUGAAUCCCUUCAAUAUCUUUUGUUUGUUUUGUUGUAUUGUUUUUAACUCUUUCUUGAAGCAUAGAUUUUGGUGAGCCUUUUAACUGUUCAGUGCCAGUGGUGUCCCCCACUCAGGAAGGAAGGUGUGAGCCACACAUACAGCAAGAUCAAAGAGGGAGAGUUCAGCCCUAGCCUCCAGUUUAAGACCAAAGCUCUUUCUUCUGCCUUUGCACCUGUCUGAGAGGGGAAGCUCUUGUUUUCUGGGCUGGAACCAGUUAUGGGGAACACUGAGCAGGAUGGAGAAAUGGAGCACUUUUCCAGUUUUUCCUGAGCUGUGAUUUUGAAGCCUGCUUUUUUCUGUUUGAUUUGAAGUACAGCAUUGUGAAUAACAAAUCCCACACUCAAAAUGAUCAUAGUAGAGUGAGUAGGCCACCUUUUGAUUUUAAAGUAGAUUGUAAAACAAUCAAACUAUAAUCAGAAGUAUAAAAUUAGAAUCUUAAAUUCCAAGCUAAAUGUCAGUCUCGACCCAUCUGCCUCCAGCCAGUGUGUGGCAGCUCAGCAAUGAGGACGGCACUGCUGGGCCUGAGCAGGCUCACGUCAGGUUCACUUAGAGCUCCUCUCUGCCAGAUGCACGUGGGCCCAGCAUGGGGCAGGGGACCUUUAUGUGCAUUUAUUAUUUCACAAAUGAGAUUCAUUAUGUCCUGGAUGAAUGAUAUGUAAAAUAUAAUAAAAACUUAUAGUUUGAGUAUAACCAAGUGUGUAUGUGAUUUCACUUUUCUCCUCCAAGACUCAGUCUCACUGGUGGGAUGUGCAUACUUAUGUUAGGCAAGUAAGAAGGAGGAGGUUCUCGGCUACCUGAGAUGAUGCCCUUCCAACAGUCAGUUUUGCUCCUUAGCAGGAGGAAAAGAGUAAAUUAGAGUAAAAGGAAGAUUGCCCAAGAAUUCCAGGAAGAGAACAGAACCUGGAGCUCAAGGGUCGUGAUCUUGGAGCAAUUGUAUUUGAAGUUUGCAACUUGAUUCCCUGCCUCCCACAGUUCCUAGGAGUCUGCCUGAGGUUUUGACUAGAAUGAGGCUGCAAAUGUGAAGACUUGCUGGAAUGGUAUCAUUGAUGAAUGUAGUGGCUCUGGGCCAGCGUUCUGUUUAUAGAUCCACCCCUUCUGUGGUAGUGCUUAUUCUAAUGUUACUCAGUUUGUUUGUGGGGAGGAAUUGGGAUAGAGGGAGCCACAGAAACUUUCAAGUGUCUCUCGCAGCUGUAAAAGCAUAUUUGAGUUCUUAAAUGUUUAUUAGAGGAUAUUUGGGUUAAAUUUCUUAUUAGGGCAAUACCUUCAUCCUUUUGACUUUAACUGCCUUAGCUAGUAGAAUUCAGGGGUGUAAGUUUUUGAGUAAAUUAACCUAUAUGAAGAAUAUGGGUUGAAACCAGAAUUUUCAUAUAGAAAAAUGUAGAGACCCAUUUGUAUGCUUGGACUCAGAAGUACACUGAAAAUACAAAUAUCUAUCUAAUGCUAUAUUUUAACCAUGUUUAUCAUUAGAACAUAUGUACGUACCUCUGUUUUCUGUCUCACAUUAGAAUAUACGUACCUACGUUUUUCUGUCUUCCUGAUUUCGUGGUUGUAUUGCUUAUCGGAGGAACUCAGAGCUUUCCACCUCGGUGGUUGUGAUUAUAGUUUUGCACCGUAGUCAGAUGAAAUAAGAAACAGGUCUCUGCCACUGGCAUGUGCCAGUUGGCACUGCCUUGUCAUUUUCUGCCUUUGUCAACAGCCAAGGAAUGGAGGCCAGGGGAAAUGAAUGCUCACCCUAGAAAUCCCAUGCAGCUUUUGCUAGUUCCCAAACCUGGUGAGUGGGUGUCAAUAUUUAAGGCUGAAAAAAAAAAAGGAAUUCUCCAAAGUCAGUAUUGGUUUUCAUUCCCACAUCAACCCCAUCUUGUAACUGCUGCAGUAAAAUAUAAGACUAAUGGCCUGACAUUUCACAUCCUGCCUCGAUGAGGCCUUAGCUGCCCGCACUCUUGUGGUAUUUUGGUUUCUGCCUCAGCAGUUUGCCUUACAAAGAGGAGGCUAACAUUUGCUUGUGAUUUCUGGGGUAUGCUUAUGGGAACAGGAUUUUCAGGUGUUAAAGGCUGGUCUGUUGGUCUUGAACCUUUUUAGCUCUUUGGUCAAAUCCAAGGUUAACAGGUCAAAAUUACAGAUUGAAAAAGGUAAAGAGAAAAAUAUUAGAGGCAAUGCCAUUUUAUCCAGCUCAGCCUUGCCAGAAUUAUCUUCAGUUGUGAAGCCCUUAGCUUCAUUAAAUUACAUCUCUUCAAAACUCUGAAAUCUUUAUUUUAUGGUUAAUGUACUCAGCAUCAAUGAGGCUUACAUAAUGUAUUUUAAAACUAGAAUUGCUUUAAGAGUCUUUGGAAAGGGCUAGAAGAUCUGAAAUAGAGCUUAAAUUUGGUCACACAAAAAGCUUUACUGGUACCUAUGGUUAGAAAACAUUUCCUUUUUCAACAAGAAGGGAGAAGGCCUUGUUCCUGCCCCCAACCCACAAAGUGAAGCCCCUCCCUGCCUGGUUCUUCUUCUGCCAUGGUGGAAAGGCUAAUGCUGCCAUCUUUGAAACCAGUUGUUGAUCAGGGCUUUGUAAUAUAGUAAAACCUUAGUGAACAGAGCAGUACGUUGAUUACCUGGACUUUUUUCUCUCUCACUCUAUCCAGACAACUGCUCAUGUAUCAGGGAUUAAAGAGGGUAAAGGAAACACACAAACCUUCCCUCACUUGAGCAUGCCAACUCCUCCUUCCAAGUGGCUGUGAACUCCACUGGAGGAGUGGCCUCCCCAGGAUCUUCUGGGAAUCCAAGUUGGGAAGAAUGUUUAAAAUGUUUUCAUUUAUAAAAAUAGGUACACGUGGUUCAAAAUUCAAAAGAUGUAAAAGGGCAUAGGGCACAGAUUUUUAGGGCCGUGAAACUAUUCUGUAUGAUACAUCACUCUGAAUACAUGUCAUUAUGCAUUUGUCCAAACCCAUAGAAUGUGCAACACCAAGAGUGAACCCUAAUGUAAACUGUGGACUCUGGGUGAUUAUGGUGUGUCAGUGUACAUUCACCAAUUGUAACUAAUAACACCACUCUGGUGCGGAUGUUGAUAGUGGGGGAGGCCGUGUGUAUGUGUGAGGGUAGGGAGUAAAUGGGAAAUCUCUGUACCUUCUGCUUGAUUUUGCUUGGAACCUAAAACUGCUUUAAAAAAUAGUCUACUUAAAAGAAAAAAAGGGUAUAGGGCGAUAUGUGUUCCCAGUUCCCCUUGUGAAAUGAGUUGACAGCAGUGACUCCAUUUUGUAUCCUGGACUCCAUCUUGUUAAAAAUGAAAUUGUGCUGACCUUGCUGACUUGCCAAAAAGAGGUAUUUACUGAGAAGGGACUUUCUGAAAGACUGUGCAAAAAUAUACUUUUUCUGGUAGCAACAAGGUGUCCUUGAGUAAGCCAAUGAACUGUAACAUAAAUUUACCCUCCAAUCGUAAAUCUUGACAAACAACUGAGGUAAUUGUUCUGGGCUCUCCUUGUUGCUAAUAAAAACUCCUGACUUUCAUUCCUCAGUGGGGCACUUUUCUGGCUGCUGUGGGAACCUGUGUUCCCUGAAUUGCAUUUCUAAGACCCCAAAUAAAUGCUCUCCUUUUGUUCCCCUGUUGCCUCUUUUUUCUGUGUUGACACCCUUCUUGGAGGCAACUAGUAUUACCAGCUUUUAUUAAAGGCAGAAAUUCUAGAUCUGGACUCAGCUGGGCUUGGGGGUUCUGCUUGCUUCUUGGCCGGGGUGUAC